AUGGCACUUCUCUCGCCCAUCACCACAAUCCUCUCAUCCAUCGUCGUGUAUGCAAUAUGGUGGCUGUACCGUCUCAAUCGGAACAUCACCUCAAUCCCACCCGAGGCUCUUCAACUUUCAGGCGAGCCUUGGACCAACGAUGACAUCCGAAAUGCAUGGAACAAGUUUGAGAGAGUGGAACACGAUUUCACAAAAUAUCUACCACCGAAGCAGAAUCGACGAUACGUCGUCUUUGGAGGGUCAGGUUCGUCUCCCAAUUCCUCUCCUCACCCAUCCACCGAAGCACCAUGGACUGUGCUCGCCCACACCACUGACUGCAUGACAGGCCUGGUGGGCGGCUGGAUCGUGGAGCAUCUGAUUCUACGGGGCGAGGACCCACGCGCCAUUCGGAUCGUCGACCUCGCAGCACCCCGGCGAGAACACGCCGUCAAAGAGCACGUCACCCACAUCAAAGCCGACAUCAGCGACGCAGCAUCCGUCGACAGCGUAUUCUCACUGCCCUGGCCCAAGGAGGUGGCAGAUCUCCCGCUCACGGUAUUCCACACGGCCGCCUACAUCCAAUCCGGACACCGCAGCAAGACCUCCCUCCCCAUCUACCUCCGAGUCAACAUCCAGGGCACGCGAAACGUGCUGGACGCCGCCAAAGCCGCGGGCUGUGACAUUCUGAUCGCGACGUCCUCGGCGUCCAUCGCCUUGAAAGCCCAGACGGUCUUCUCCUUCCUCCCCUGGCGGCGAUACCCGGAUGGAUUCAUCCAGGUCCACGACAACGCCGAGGCGGAAGAUUACGAUGCGCCCCUCCACCGCUUCGCCGGUUCGUACGCUUGGUCCAAGGCUCGAGCGGACAAGAUGGUGCGAGACGCCGACGACAAGAAAGCCCGCUUCCGCACCGGCACCAUCCGGCCAGGCCACACCAUCUACGGCCACGGGGACGAGAACGAGAACAGUCUGCCAACCAAAUACCUGAUCCGUGGUGGUCUCCCAACAUGGCUAUCAAACUUCGCCCUGCAACUCGUAUCCGCACAGAACGUGUCGCUAGCACAUCUACUGUACGAAUCGCGAAUCCACAGCCACGACCUGGGCGGCCAGGGCUACGCGAUCAGCGACGCCGCCAACCCACCGAUCCGGUACGCGGACCUGGAACGCUUCCUCGAGCUGCUCGCGCAUCCGGCGACCCCCGUCCGCUGGCGCUACGUGCCGCCCGUCCCGAUCAUGCUGCUGGCGUAUCUGAACGAAGUGUACGUCACGCUGCAACACGGGUAUUUGUCCUCGAUCCUGCCGCGCUUGUCGCCCGAUCUGGAGUUGCUGCAGCCUGCCAUGUUCAAUUGUGCGAACAUGCAUGUCGUCUAUGGUGGCAGCAGGGCCCGGGAGGAACUGGGCUAUCGCUCGACCCACACGACGCUCGAGGGCCUUUAUCUGAUCGUCAAGGAGUGGAAUGAUAAUGUCGAGGCCAAGAUUGCUGCUGCGAAAAUCCCUCCGCUCUGA